ACGGCUUCUCUAUUGUGUAUGGCAGAUGAGCAAUCAAGGAAUGGGUGACGGCACUUUAAAGGGAUAUCAGGAGGUUGUCCUAGAAUACCUCAAGACGAAAUCUGUAGAUGAGAUCAAGCCGUUCUCACGACCACCGAUCAUUGUCAAAGAUGACAUUUCUCCUCUUGAGGGUUUUCAGAUCCUUGCAGAAAACAACAUUCGUGCCUGCCCUGUAUGGUCAGACAAGGAUCGUAAUUUCAUCGGAACUUUGGAUUUGAGGGAUGUUUGUAAACUCUUCGUUGAGGUGAAGAGGCAAAAGAAAGAGCAGAAGGCACAUCAGCACAAGCAUUUCUCAGCAAUCUCAGAGAAUGAAGAGGAGAAACCCGCAAUGCCUGUCGAUGAACUUGUCGCAGAACAAAACAUCAAACCAGAUUCGUAUGAAAUUCGCAAGAAAGGGACAAACCUUGUGCUCGAAACAAUCACAAAGCACCCAACAAUUAUCUCAGAUUCUACAACACUGAGAUACAUUGCGAAAAUGCGAGUUCUGAAGAGAUUUCCGCAUGAUACAAAUUUGUUAAGCAUUGCUGAUGCUUUGGCUGAGGGAAGUCAUCUUGUUGCAAUUGAUGGCGAAGGAGAAAAUUCAAAGAAUGGAAUCAAUAUGGUCAUCACACAAAAGAUGCUAUUUCAAGUGAUCAGCCCAGUUCUGGAAAAGAUCAAGUUGAGAGCUGACAGCAUAAUGAGAAGCCCAGUGAUUUCCGUUGAGGCAUCCACAAACGCGUUCGAUGCUUUCGUUAUCAUGGCCGACAAAGGAAUCAGUGCCUUGGCAGUCACAGACGAAGACGGCUCCUUAGUACACAACACAAGCUCGAGAGACAUCAAACAGUGGGUUGCGGGACCGGCUGAAGAGGGGGGAAAUGCCGUAGACAUAACCGACAUGACCAUCGAAGAUUUCGUGGUUCAGGUCAGACAAUCGAAACCAUCAGUCAAGACUUGCGCCACCGUCUGCUCUGUGCACAAGGAGUCGGAAGUAGGCCAUGCUGUCAAGCUUCUCUUGAGAACUGGAUACCAUCAUAUGUGGGUCGUUGAAACAACAGACGACGGCAAUAUUCCUGUGGGGUUGAUAUCUAUAACGGACAUUUUCCGGAAAUUUGCCCACACGCGCUGAAGAAACUGAGGCCCGGGCCGUAUAUGUGCGCUGUACAGUCAGUGAAGAGCUGAGUCGGAGCGAAUGCUGGCCUGAGUCCGGGAGCGAGCUGGGGGCUGUGUGCCGACACUUCAGUGAAGGACCAUCGGACAGCCUGGGAGCCGCAACGACAGGGAUAGGACAGCAUCGGUGGAGCCUAGUACCAACUUGCACUAAGAAAUUCUUUAAUGAUUAAAGCCGAGUUGAAAA